CUAUUAGUAAAAAAUCUCGGAGCAUUUUUAUGGAACUGGAUGCUAAUGUUGUUAGUGGUAAAAAUCAAAACAUUUUACCCUCUCAAUCAACCAAUAGAGUUUUGCAAAAACAAAUGUCCAUUAAUAGUAAUGGUGGACAAGUGAAAAGUUUUAAUGAAUUUAACAAUGAUAUAGUAAAAAGCGGAGAAGCAGUUGAAGAUGUAAAAAUUGAAACAUCCCAAAUAAGUGAAAAAUUUAAAUUCUUCGAAAAAUAUCAUCCAUCGGAAAAUAAAAAGAGAGUUUUUCGAAUAACCCCACCAAGAGAAGGAGUAGUAAAAAUGCCGGAGGAAAAUACAAGCGAAGAUGAUAAAAACUCGAAAGAACUAUCGCCGGAUAGAAAUGUAAUUGUUCAUUCGCGCACAACUUCAAUGAUGUUGAAUAAAUUUCGAGAAAUGGAAAAAAAUCAAAUUGGAUGUGAAAAUAAUAGUCCAAAACCUCUUAAAUGUUUUACACCCCCACCAGAUGGCAAUCGACGGCUCUAUGUAGAUCAAAAUAGUGACGAGUAUGACUCAAAUGAUGAAGAUGAUGAUGACGACCAAGAAGACGAAAGCGAUGAUGAUGAUGAUUACAAUAAUUGCUCACACUUACCUAAAGAUGAUGAAGCACUUAGAGAGGCUCUCAAUGCUGCCAGAGCAAAACAAUUGCGGAUUAAGUUUGAAAAAUGGCAAGCCGAUGAAAUAAAACGAGAGAAGGAUGAUGAAUUUAAUCAAAACAUAUAUGCAAAUAAUGUCUCGGAUGAAAACAGCAUCGAAAGCACUCAGUCAAUAAGGGAUCGAUUUGAAAAAAUGCGGAAUGUUGAAAGACCAGAACCAACUCGACCACGGUAUCAAGUUAAUCGCUUUGUUUAAUGCACAGUGGAUUGCUUAGUAGAAAGAGUGGCAAUUAAUUAAGGAAUGAAUCCAGAAUCAAAUGGUCAUAUUUGCAUAAUCUCAACAUCAGUCAAUAUUUUUUUUUAUCUAAUUUUACUGUAAAAUAAAGUAUUCAUAUCUUCCAAUUUA